GGCCGGGCUCGCUGGGCGGGUCCCGCGCCGGCUCCCUGCGCCGCGCCGCCCACAAGGCCUCGCCGCCAGGGCUGCCGUCGCCGUCGAGCGCUCAUGACGCCCCCGCGUGCGUCACCACGGGGCGCGCGCAUGCCCGCGCUCAAGCGGCCGUCGCGCAUCGAGCAGCUGCAGGACGACUGGAGCCGGCUGGGCACGGACGCCCUCACAACGACGCUGUCGGCGCUGUACGGGAAGCUGCUUGUGGUGAUGGGCAUCGCCUUCCCCAUGGCCGAGGUCAUCUCCACGCACAUCCCGCCCUCCUUCUACGAGGGUUUCUACCUGUACUUGUACUUCGGAAGCAUGGCUUUUCUGAUGUACAUGUAUGCGAUGCUGCUACGAGACCGUGCCAGUUUAACUGUCGUCAAUUCCUUUAAACGAACGCGCGAGUCGUCGGUGUCGCUGGAGUCCGGCUCGGAGGAGAGCGGGGAGACGCGGCCGCACACCGACACGGAGCUGAGCACCACGGCCACCGAGGGGCCGUACCGCGGGGGUCCGGGCGGCGCGGGCGCGGGCCCCGGCGGGCGCGGUGUCUCGCCCCUCGCCUACGCGCAGCACCACUACGGCAGCUUCUACCUGCGCAUGGGCGCCGUCGCUUUCGGCAUCGGCAGCAUGAUCUACUCGGGGCUGGAGCUGGGCCAGUACUUCGAGCUGGAGCGCGACACCAAGUGCCACAACGUGCUGCUGGCGCUGACUCCGGCCACGCGCAUGGCCUUCAUCUUCAUCCAGAUGUACUUCAUCUUCCUCAACAACGAGCAAAUGAAAGUGUACAAGCACCGCGCGCUGGCCCGCUUCGGCCUCAUGCACAUGAUCGGCACCAACCUCUCCGUGUGGCUGAACGUGCUCGUGCAGGAGACCAAGCACGAGAUCCUCACCUUCUACAACCCGGAGAACAAGACCAUCGGCAUCUCGCACCGCUUGCCGAAGGCGACGACGACAAUGGCGCCUCCGCUGGGCGGCGGUGGGCUGCACCACGGCAGCGGCGGAGGCGGCCACCACCGCGUCGCCAGGGGCCUCAUCGGCCCGCACAACAUCUUCGAGUGCCGCCGCACCAACAUCAUGGGGUCGCUGGUGCAGGACGCGAGCCCCUUCCUCUUCCCGUGCACCAUUGAGUACAGCCUGAUCUGCGCGGCCAUCCUGUACGUGAUGUGGAAGAACAUCAGCCGCGCGCCGCCCAGCGCGAGCGGCGGGCGCGGCGGCGGCGGGCGCGACGGCGUGGGGCGCGGCGACCUGCCGCACUCGGCCUACAAGCGCUCGCCGCACCACUACUCGGUGGACUGCGCGGGCGCGCACAAGGGCCUCUUCGUGGGCAUCCUCGUGCUCGUGCUCACCAUCAUCUCGCUCAUCCUCUUCUUCGUGCUCAUCUCGCGCACCGACCUCAUCGAGCUCGCCGUCCGCCAACUGCGGUACGACGGCCACCGCAACCUGGAGCUGGACAACAUCCUGCUGAUCGGCGCGCAGACGGGCAUGUUCAUCUACAGCACCUUCACCAUCAUCGGCGGCCACUUCACCAUCGAGAAGAACACGGUGCUGGUGCUGAUCACGGCGCUGGCGUCGCUCGUGCAGACCACGUGCCAGACCAUGUUCGUGCUGGACGCGUCGCGCCGCUCGUGCGUCACCGCCGACCAGAUCCGGCGCAAGCCCGGCCGCGAGCUCGUCACCUUCCUGCUCGUCACCAACCUCGCCAUGUGGGCCAUCAACACGCUGGAGAAGUCGCGCGCCGAGUCGCACCCCAUCCAGCUGCACUUCUACGGGCUGUGGGCGUGGACCAUCAUCACGCACGUGUCGAUGCCGCUCGCCAUCUUCUACCGCUUCCACUCGACCGUGUGCCUGUGCGAGAUCUGGAAGAGGGCGUACAAGAUCAAGCCCACCUACAUGUAGUGAGGUAACGGCUGCUCCGGGGAGCCCGCCCCGCCGGUUCACACAGCCAUUCACACAGCGACGUAGAUGCGACUCCGUUAGCACGAAAGCGUUAUUUUAGCUACUGCGAUGUAGAACGAUAUUUUUUCACGAUACACAAAAAAAUACAAAGAAACAAGCUGAAAAUGGUUUUGUGGACUCGAGCGGCAGGCGGCCUGUGCGCGGUCUGUUCGAACGCGGGUGUCCCCUGCAGCCUCCAGUUGUAGUCUGAACGUAGCAGACGCCAGGACGUCAUCGCCUGCCGCGAGGGCGUCGGCGUCGGUGAAAAGUUCCACGUAGAGGAAGUGAACCGAUUCACGCGUCAUGGGCGCGUGCUUCUUACCUCUUUGGCCCAAACACAUCCCUUUGCUUGCGCCAUAUCCUUUUUCACCCGAGCACCUCGCGCCUCUGAUAGGGUAUUACUAUGAGAGAGUGCGGAACCUAAGGAAAGUGGAACGUAUUUAUUCAUAUCUAUAGCCUUUUAACGUGUAACAAAUUCCGUAUCGGCACUAAAUACGUGUGUGAUCGUCGCGCUUGGUUGCAAGAUGGCGGCGUAAGCGCACCCUGUCGCCGGUAGAGGGCGGAGAGGAGCUAAGAGCGCCGAAAGCAGACUCGAGCGGAGGCUUAAGUGUUGCGGGCGCGGGAACAGAUGAGGUUGAGAGCCGGUGCCUGGCACGUGUAGUCGCCGAGGCGCUGCCACGGAGGGUUUUCUAGUGUUGGGAGGUCGAAAAGAAAUAUUAUAGGUGACUCAACUCGAUUAGCUAUCGAGUAAAUUAGUGGCGCACCCUAGGGGUUUAGAGGCUCAUGGAGCUUCAGCCCCGCUCUGAUAAGUCGCUAACACAUGGUCACAAAUAUAGCUUUUACUAAUUUUCUGGAGUAACGAAAGUCUAUAUAUCAUUGGAAUACGCUACAAACAAAUUGAAACCAAGAAAUAUAAUUAAUUUUAACUUCAGCGUAGAAUAAAUCUUUAUCGACACUCAUAAAAAUAGACAAAUCGACACUCCUAAAAAUUUAUUCUGAAAAUCGUUCUUUAGAAAUCGAUUUGAAGAGUCAAUGGGUCUGCAACCUCUUCAGAUAAAUCCAAAAUUGGGGAACUUGUAUAAACCAUAAUUAGGCAAAAUCGAUCUUUGGAAAUCUCGAAUCGCCUCGUUCAGCGUUCACUAGCUUGCUCGCACGCGGCGCGGUACUUCGGUGGAGUUGGAAAGUAAACGAGCUGAGUUUACGAGUCAUUUUGCAGUUUAUGCCCUUCCAUCGGCGAGAGCGUUAACGCGGCGGAAGACGCCUCUAGGAGUGGAACGGGUCUGCACGUGGUUGGGAAAUGCAGCACAGAUAACGCCUCCGAACAAACUCGUUGCUUUUAGGUCGUGGAGUUUUAUUUCUCACAGCGCGCAGGUUUUACCAAUAAAAGCUUUACCUGAGAACGAUACUUCAUGCAAAAUAAUGUGUGACCUACAAUUUUGUUGUUUACAGAACAUGCAGGAUAAUACGCGAAGAACAAAAAGGUGUUUAUUUAAAGCAGCCGUUAUUAUAUCGCAACGACGUUUGUGUUCUUCGAAUGUUCUCACAUAUGUUCUCAAGUCUUUCAUUCUCUUGACAGACACGAAGAAACUUCCUCCCGCUGGUGACGGAAAAUGUUCGUAAAUUGCCGUAAUCUACUUGCAGGCGUCCAAACUAGUGUUGGAUAGGAGAAUAAUGAUCGAUUUGGAGAGGGAGUUAAUUUUUUUGUCAAUAAGAUAGUUUUUUUAAACAAUUGCACUACUGUACAACUACUUUUUCUUUACUAAACUAGGAAAAUCUAAAAGUUGCUGACAGCUUUGCCAGUCAAAUAUUUUUUCCCUUUUCAAACAGUUUGUAAAUUGACAAUUUCAUAUCUAAUUCUAAAAUAGAACGAGUAAAUAAGCGACUAUUAUAAUGUACUUUUUGUAUUAUACUAUUUUCUUAUCUUCCAUUAAUAAUAGGCUGCACUGUAGUAGCUAAAAGUUUUAUUAUUCGUGCAAGAUUCAUUGUGACAAUACCAAUGGCCGUUGGCAAAAUUUCUAUGCUCCGAAAAUUCCAAAGUGAAAAGAGAGGGUAGAAAAUGUUGUUGUUUUUGUUGGAGAUGUUGGAUUAUCGGGAAAAUCCUCCAACGCUGGUUUGCACCGACGGCUGUGUGUCGUCGUGUUCUUCGCCAGCUGCGAUGGAAAGAGGCGCUCCCCAGGGACCCACAUGGAGGGCCAGGCGCCGGCAGCGGGAGGCGAGUUGGACGUGACAAUAAUUUUGAUGGUCAGCGUAGAGUAGCGUGUCAGUCCAAUGUCUUCCCUUGUACAGCUCAUCCUUGACAGGGAGUAGGCUAUUCGAACAUUGUGCAUCACGAGUUUUGUUUUCCUCGGAAGAUUUUUGCAAGCUCGCAAGUUAGCCAAUCCACUUUCAAUAUUAGUACAAAUAGAAGGACCAAUAUUAUAUACCUUCUAUAUCAGAAAUAGUACGCUUUACAGUAUACAGUACCUUGCCUCAGAAAUAUGAUUAUUACAGUGCCAUUAUUAUACAACAUAUAUGUCUGUUUUUACAGAUACCUUAAUCAUAUUCAUAAUCAUGGGUUUUAAUGUGAUUCAAUAUACAAGUUUCUCUGUAUUCUCCAGUAUGGCAGCUUGAAUAAGCUGCGAACAUAAGCACUACAUGUGUUCAGCAUAUAUCAUAGGAUGUUUUUACGAAAAUUUAGAAGUUAGGUCCAACAAGUUUAUCUCGAUGUCUUUCAUCUAGAUUUUUCUGAUCUAUAUACAACUCCCCUUGUGUCCCUUUCGUUUGCCGCUUGUACAUAACGCCUCGUAGUGUAGCCGAAUGGGACGGUCGGCCCCCACGACCGCCUCCGAGUGUGAGACACAGGGCCGCAUCGUGGACCCCUGCUCAGCACUCAAGUCUUAUGUUGACACAGUGAUAUACUGAAACGGGACGAGCUCCACAUUUUCUAUUGUAUCCCUUUCGCUGUUAAUUGGGGCCAAUUUUUGCGUAGCGUCAUCUUGGCGAUUUUCUUAAAUUUUUCAGAUCACUUGCCGACGUGGUUUCCAAACACACUUGUUGUAAACAAAAGUAGGCAUUAAGAUUUUUUCACAUUCCAAUAGCUCCCUCUAAUUUAUUUCGGGAGUGUUUUUUGUCUGACCAUUGUAAUAUAAGGAUAUGCGUUUUUUAAACGCAAUGUAUAAAAAGUUUAGAACACCAAUGGACCACUUUUAGAUGUCAACUUACGGCAGAAGAAUGACCCCGUUCAUUCCGAAUGCCUUCACGAGACUUUGCUCUUGCUUUAUGAUUUGGAAACCGCAAUUUUACACCUUUAUUGUCUUAUUAAAGAUUCCAAAUAUUUACAGAUAGUGCAGUUUUUAUACUCGGUUAAACCUCUUUAGGUCGGUCGGUCGGUUGUAAGUAACUCUCCCCUUAAUGGUUGUCUAAUUAUUAAAUAAAAUUAAGCGUGUUAUUCAUACUCGUAUUUCCCAUCUAAAACACUGCCGCCGUUGGGGACCUUAAAAGGGUUUUACUGUACUUUAUUAUUGUAUCACUGAUUCAAUAAUGGCAGUAAUAGCUUUGUCUUAAGCUUCGUUGUGUGAAUCGUUCUUAAUGUCUUUAUACAGAGGGUGAAGGGUGAGUUACAUUAACAGACUCUUUAGGAAAGGACUAGUUCGAAGAGUCGUAUCUGAUCUUAUUGCAUGCAAUGGAGUUGCUUGUUCAGAUAUAAAAUACCGUAAAAAACAUUAAGGGAUAAGAAUAAGAAUGAAAAACGCAUCAAUUACAAUAACCGUUGAAAUGAAUUUCCUAUUAUUAAGCAACCGUUUUAAACAAAAUAUUUUGUUGUGUUUUUUUCUACAUUAACUGAAGAAUCCCGAUUUCAUUGAAAAAAAUUAAAAUCUUUGUAUUUCUGUCAAUCUUCUAUCUAUUUUAAAAUUGAUGAACGUACCUAUUGAAUUCUAUUCGUUACAUUACUUUGUUUUGUAACGUUUUUUUUAGUGAAAUUUAUAAAUAAUUUAAUACUUAACAUAAUCAGCAAUACCAAAGAUCCUGCAGCCAAAAUCACAUGAUCAUUCAAAUAAAUUACAAAAAUUCUUAACAUCCCUUAAUUUUUCGGUAGUGUUGAUUCUCAUCAUGCGUGAGUGAUGAGAAAGCUAUCUCAUUGUGCAUGGAGUAGGGUUGAUGCGAGACAGAUUGAAAAUAUUACAGUUUUACAUUAGCUUGAAGCGACCCUGCCUCAAGUCGCUGCGUUCCUCAAACUUAGGCGGCGCGAGCGUGUCUUCUACUUGCCUCAAGUUCUAGUGAGGUUUCGAAAUAUGUGCAUUUAAUACAAAAUGGGCCAUCUAUUCUCACUGAGUCAUGAUAUGGUGCUACGAGCGGUUGUGAAGACUGAUGCAUGCAAAUAAGGAGUGUUUUGGUGACAUGCUAGUUAGCUAUUGUAGGUAAUAAUGUUGUUUGUGAAAUGUGCAUUAAUUUCGGAACAUUUUCGUCAUUUUUCAAAGUAAGACUUCUGAAUGAGAGAGAAGUAUAUUCUAUUCUCAUGGGCCAAGUGAGAAUAUAUGCAAUCGGAAGUAUAUUAUCGAAACAUGACGUAAAAAUUUAACAAGAAAACGUUUGGAUGUGAGCGAGUUUCUUCUAUCGAGAGACUUUCAGUUGUCGCGGUGUACAAACUAUCUAAUGCAACGCCAAUAAAUAUAUCAAACUUUUGAGACUACUAACUGAGCAGGAAAUCAUAUCGGCCCGCCAGCCGUCGUGCCGAAUUCUGUUUGAAGUUUCCGCGUAAUUCUGCCGAGGACGAUGCCUUAAUUUACGGGUUCCCCACGCACGCAAGUCAGGGCGGGCGUCGCGAAACUCGGGAACUUGAAGCAAGUUGCUCGCCAGACGCCAUCGCCGCCGCCUUCGCGAAAGCACAGCCCGAAUGGGCGUCGCCUCAGCUGUUCGCUUCGCACGUCCUCUCGCCCUCCCCCACCCCACCCAUCCCCGCCCCUUCCCCUCUCUUCGCCAUCGCGAGCACCGCGCCCCAGCGCGCCCGGUUUUCCUCCGCUAAUACUCCCGCCCCGCCAUCUUUCGACCUCCGCCCCGCCCUUUCCACCUCGGCCGAGUGCCCGAGUCUCCCAUCACCUUAUCAGCCAGGCGCCUGCGCAGAUGCGAGCGACCAUGGGCCUACGCACUGGCCUGCCAAUAAAACACGCCGGAUGGCUUUCACAACAAACUUUUUGUUUCCUCAACAGUUUCACAACAUUAAGGACAGUACGUUGAGAGUAUUAUAUGCAAUGGACAGUUUAAAAAAUGCUACUUCUGUCCAUAACUUAACAUCAAUCCCCAUAUUUACCGUAUCUAAUAAUUCCCUUUUCACAAGAGUAAACCCAUAUCGUAUCAAACAAUAUCCCCAGAAAACCCGGGGAAAAUCUAUUUUAGACCUAAUAAUUGACAAAUUAAUUUACUUACUUCCAAUAUUUAGAUUAAUGCAUUUCCUUAUAUGUAAAUGUUACUUUCGGCGUAUGUAUUUUGAAUACCUAUCCUAUCAACAUAAUUGCGACUCAUUAAGGCUCAGACGAAAAUAAAUUUCUGGAACCGUUGAAACUUCUCAAACUACUUUUACAAAUUAUCACACUACUUUUUGUAAAACUUCCCUUGCUAUAAUUUUGUUCGAUUUUUAAACAAUAUAUGGAAAACAUCACAUUAAAAUUUGUUUCAAUUUAUGAGCAGAAAAAUGGUGACAUUCUGAAUAAUAUAGUUGUCAAAUACAAAUUCUCCCUUUGAGCAUCUCUGCCUUUCUCCUAAUGACAUGUUGCUCAAAAGAGCUUUUCGAGGUCGUUAAAAGAGCGUUCUACAAGCCUCUUCUCUAGAAAUCGAACGUGGUAGAAGAUAGUAAAGGUAAGGGAGUAUUAACGGGAAGUUAAUUAGAACAUCAGCACCGUGAGAAAUUCAGUACCAAGCCAUUUUCCCAAUAUAUUGUGAGCAUGUCCAGCACCUCUCCAAGCUUAAUGCACUUCUACCGGAGAUGGUGAAGAUACCUUAAAGUUCCUUGUAUGAUAUUAACAGGCGCCUCCAUAAUUUCUCUUUUCCUGUAAAAUCAAAAUCAGCAAUUUUCAAAAGGUUAACCUGUUUUACAAUGUUAAUACAUUAUAUUUAUAAUUUAAAAUGAAGCGAAAGUUUUUAUGAAUACCAAAGUGCACACCAGAAAAUAAACUGCAAACACAAAAUAUGUAACUGAACCCUCAGAAACCUUCUAUAAAUGUGAUUUAAAUACUCGUUUUAGUGUUCUGCAUGAUCAAUGUGGUAAUGUAUUAUGUGUACGUAACUGUUACAUUCAAGUUCUCAAGUCCUUAAAAAACACUGACUUCUCUACGUUUAAAUCCAUCAAGGAGAACAAGUAAGCAAUAUUCAGGAAUUCACCGCGUGGAUGUCCUGUCAAACUCCACUUCCCCUUGAGUGUGCGCUGGCAUAAUAAAUUUCAUUAAGGCGCCAUCUUCUUUGAGCAUGCACUAGGCGACGACGUGCGGUUUGCCACGUGAGCUUGCCCACGAGGCGCACUUAACAUCAGAAGCGGCAGAUUUCCAAUUCUCUCGCAUCGACACCCCACCACCACAAACACAACACAUCCCCCUUCUUCUCCCCCCCUCGCCGCGGGCGGAACGAUGUCAGUCUCCGCCACCGGCUCCCACCCUCGCCUCAUCCCCCCCUCCCCAUCGCCUUGCCCGCCCCAUUCUAAUCCGACCAUCACCCCAUCACGCCCCCCUCUUCCGCCCGCCCCGCUUCCCAGCACCGACACCGCGUUUUAUUUUUAAAUUCAAUAUCAACUAAACGGCGACUCGCGGCGGCAGAGACGAUCGUACAGGGGUGGAACGGGUGGAAACGAUGCUGGUCGUCAGGCGGAAAGGGAGGGGACGGGGCGGGGCGGACGCCAAGCGGGGAAGGCGCCUGGCUUCACGGCCUUUGAGGCCCAGGCGCAACGGAAAUUGAAAAGGAAGGCCCUGGAACUGCUCCGCGUAAUGUAUUCAGCGUCAGGCAGUCACGUGGAGGAAAUAUUUUCCUUCUCCUUCCCAAACUACUUUUUUGUUUUUGAUAUGUCAUAAAUGGAAUAAUAUUCACGAACUGGAAGUGAAAACUCUGUUGUCAAAUAGUUUCGUUUCAAUUAAUAAUUUCACUUACAGAUCCAGCAAUCGAGUUAUUUUCAUUAUUUUUUUAUUUAUUUGCCCUGUUUCUAUAAUAUUGCAUUUUCUCUUGCAAUAGAACUCCCAAAUUCGUACUCUGUAUUCCAACAUACGGCUGUAUGUACUCAUUUUCCCGGAUGUUCUGGGUAAAUUGUUGAAGCUCACGUCUCAAAAAUCAACUUCUUCAUAGAUAUUUCCAUUAUUUUUUAUGUGUUUGCCAUUUUUUUCUUAAUAUCGCAUUUCGUCUUGCAAUAGAAAUUCCAACUACGUAUACUGCAUUCCAUACUCCAUACGACUGAAUGUACUCGUUCCCGCGGAUUCUCUGGGUAAAAUCGUGGAGGCUCGCCGAUUUGUCGACCCCUGGUUCGUCCUGGCUUUUGCCCUCGCCCUCGCCCACCCCUUCGCUGCCCGCGCUGAUUGCCUCGCGGGCAAUUGGGUAAUGUCCGUCGCCGGCCGCACUUAACGAGGUCGCUAAUAACUGUGAUUGCCCCGCGCCGGCCUGGCGUCGAACCCUGCACGAGCCCAACACGUCGCUCUGCCUCGCACCGGCGCCGGCGCCGGAUGUUACACUGCACGCAGAAAAUUGUAUAUAUCCUCUAUAAUUUCUUUAAUUAAAUAAUUCCUACUGAACUAAUUAAAAUGAAUUUGUUUAUCGAAUACGCAUGAGUAAUGUUAAGUGUCAUUGCACUGAACCUAUCGUUUUGUUCGUCUGAUGAGAAAGUUAAUGUUAUUUUUCUUGGAACUACACUUGUGACAUUCUGAAAUUCGGAAAUAGCACGAAAUGAUGUGUCUUCUAAAUAUACUAUUCUUCAAUACUCUGAACAUUUUACAAAUAACCAAUAGAAGGCUCAGUAUCCAUUCGAAAGUAAAAUAAUAUGAUUUAUUUAAAUAAAUGUCAGAAAAUAUCAUUGCUAUCUCAACAAUUACUUCUCUCAACGAUUAUAAUUGACUUAAAAUCCUUGGCACCCUCCUACAUCAUCCAUACAUUCAUGUGAACAGCUCUGGCGAUGUCAACGGGCGACGUCAGCCGCAAAACAGAAAGCAGACUUUAGUUACUACGUCUUCCUGAUCAACAAAUUAGUACAAAACAUAUCUCCUUGGUGUAUCGAUACGUCAAUCCCAUCAGAGGGAAAUCAAUUUUCUCGCCGGCCAGCCGGCUGUCCCUAAGAAUGGUUCCAUGCAGGCUGGUUCGUAGGUUUUUCUCAAAAUAGGGGUUAUCUUUUGUACUUUUGAAGGUAUUUAUUGUUUCUACUAUUUUUUUAAUCGAAAAAUCCAUUUCUUUCUCUUAAGUAGUUUAAUCGAAGUGUCGCGUCAUUCACAUUAGAAGAAGACAAUAAAACAAUUCUACACAAAAUUACGAGAAUGUCCCGAAGCUUCGUAUAUUAGAAAUUCGGAAAUUCUUAGUUACGUUGAUAUUAAAUUUUCAUGUUGGUUAACGUAUUCACUUCGAAUUAUUAAGAAUUUUUAUUCCAGCACUAAUGACUGAUUUGACAAUUUGAAAAGUUGGCCCAGAUUUUGAGAACAACUCUCUUGUGUUCUUAAAUCACCUCACCCAUUCCUACACAUUGAAAACCUAGAGACUGAUGUACUUUCUAGCUUAGAUUUUUUACUAGAAGGCAGGAUUUUUUAAAAGAAGGAAACAACAAUCCGAAGAAUGUGAAGAAACAGGAUCUGAUUUCUGGAAAUUAUUUUCUUAUAAUGGUCUUGACUAAAUGGAUGCACAAUACAGUGGGAACAAAUUUAUUUUAAUAAGCCAUGUUUCAUAGGUUUCUUUUGUACGCGUUAUCACAGACUGCCGUAGCGUGUACUUGAGCGCACCGACACAAAGCGGUAUCUGAUACAUCGGUGCUGCCACAGCUGUAGAAUAGUUUCGUCAACAUGCACUCUGUGAGUACACCAGUAGAUUGUAGUCAAAUUCAAACAUUUUCCUUUCCAUUCAUUUCCCAAUCUGACCCUCAACCUGAAGCUUCUAAUAUUAAGUGUGAAAGUUAUGCGGCGUUGCUAUGAAUAAGUUGUAUGAUAGCGAAGGAGAACAGUACACAGCACAUAUCGAUGUAAGAUUAUCACCCAAUGAUUUAUGUAAAAAUUGGGUUGCUGUAUUUAAUGUUAAUACUUUUUGUAAAUAGUUUAUCUUUUGACUGUAUGCGUUUUGUGUAAAGUAUUAUGCUAGUUCCGUUCAACUUGCAUUUAUGAAUAGCAGUAGCUUUAACAUUAUUGCAAAUAGAUUUUAAAGUUUAAAGUAGUUACUUUUAGCGCUCAGAUGUUAUCGGGUUGGCGGACAGGAGGUGGAUAUUGUGUUCGUUCCGAGUCAUCGACGGCAAGAGCUACCGGAGCUCUCUAAUGCUUGACGGAUUGGUAACAAGCAAUUCAAUUCGACUUGUUGGAAACUAAGAAAUGCGAACACUCUGUUCGGUAGAAAACAUAGUUUUUUUAGUAACAGGAAACAUCCAUAAAGGUAGAUUUCCUUAAAAAUGAAACUAUUUUGUCGAAAUUCGCGUCGUCUCGUUCAGUAUUACAGAGCGCGGCAUUCUCUCGCCGCCGACCGCAAGGAAACCUCCUGUCCCCAGCCCCGGGGCGACGUCCUACCUGGCAGCAGCCCCAAUUGCACAUUGUUAUUCAUCGUAAAAGGUUAGUGCCAUAUCUAUUGGUUGUACGUGAGGGUUGAACUUUUUGCAGAUACAAUGUGUUCACUUGGAUGAGUUUAGAAAUGUCUGUUAUGAACUGUUAAGGUAGAAAAUUAUUUUCCCGGGUGCUACGCAAUCCAGCCAUUAAAUAUUCGCGAAAAUCCUUUAAAAAAACACGUGAAUCCGCUUGAAAGCUACUUUAUCUCCGAUUCUGUUGAUUUUUUUCUCUCCAAAUUUAACUUUUUCAUGUAAAUGUGUGGACACUAAUUUGUGUUUGCAGCUCCGACACUCGUGCUCAUCAAAUUAUGAUGAAACGGAAACGAGAAAUGUCAUGAAACGGAGACUCACAGAACUUCCAACGCUUCAGUUAGUCGCUUCGUCGAGCGUGCGUACAUAAUCGGCAAUUAUCUGUCUGCAAAACAUUUUGCUGUUUUAAACUAUAAAAGUUGCAAACAUCCAUGUGGCUCAUUGUAAAUUUCAUUUAUAAAAAAUCGUGUUCAAGUAAACCUGCCACUUUCAGCUCGAAUUAUCCAUUCGUACUUAUCUCAAGGUCGCCACAACACAUUUGCCGCGGCUAUCCGGCCCGGUUCAGAGAAAUAUUAUCGGUUUUUGGAGUUAAUUGAGAUACAAAGCCCCAACCAAUUUUCCAAACAGUUGUUGGCACAAACAAUGGCGAGAGAGAAAUCGUCAUCAGAACGGGAUGGGAGGAUCUUUCUCGGCAGGUUCACUAAAAAAUGCAUUGUUAUCCGCGCGUGGCGUCGCCGCGCCCCUUGACCUCGUUUUCCGAUGCAGACUCUCUGCUCGCGCGGUUGCUUCCGAGGGGGCCUCUGUCCGAAGGCUCCGCGUUUGCGCGCCUGGGGCUGCAGCGGCCAACGCCCAGCUGUGGCUGGAGCCCUGGGUUUGUUUCUGCGGACAAGACGGAGGGAGAAAUACCUUUCCACUUCCUACGUCAAAAAACAGACUCUUCCGACUAGGCCCUCUCGCUGCUUCGUCAAACUUGGUGUUCCUUUUUAUUCUGUCAGAUGUUCUAAAUACUGCAAAGUGUUUUCUGUUGAUAAUGUUUAUGUAUUUAUGCUCAACGUACGUAGUAAAUUUUAACGAAUAGAAGAUAUGUAUGAAAUGUUUAUGUAUAUAGCCAUUUAAAGCUAUUAUUACAAUUAUAACAAUUAUUAAUGACAUAAUUCAUAUACAAUAUAUAUCCUGUGUAGAGGAAAGGAGUCUGAACCAUAGACGCAAUACAAAGCUGUUCAAUGUGUUUUCCUAAGUGUUUUAAAAACGACGAAAUCAACUUCAAACAGUUGCACUUCUUGUGAGGCUGAAUGUGUUGUCAGAGAAAUAAAAAUAAAAAAAACAAAUACAGUCUGUAAUUCUGAUACUUCCUUUAUUUCUUGUGAUUCCCUGAAUUUAAAACAUUCCAUGUUCAUUUCCUACACUAGUUUAUGCAAAGAUUUCACAACGUUGUAAGUGUAUGUAAGAUAAAAUGACUCGUAAUUUCCGUUCGAUUACAAAAGACCUAUUUUAAAAGAGAAUGCUAAUAUUUCUUAUACCGUUUUUUACUUUUUCAAAUUCCUUUUCUGGGUUUAUUAGUUAACUAAAUGUGCUUUGCUUCAAAUUCAACUUUACCUCCGUUUUCCAGUUCUCUGUAUCAGUAGGUUGAAGAAACGAUACUUUAUCAGUUAGUACUGUUCUGUAACUUCACAAUUUUGCUAUUAUAAGGUGGUUGUGUCGCCUUAAAUUUUCGGUGUAGGAAUGUAAUCGCAAUAAUAGUAGCAUUUUUAGUUGAGCUGUGAAAUCCGUAGCGAUAAGAUCGUUGUCAAGACGUUUAAGUACUAUUUCGAGUUGUGUCAAAUCAAAGAAUAAUCUUGUUAUUUAUUCUUGUGAUACAUUAGUGGUCACGGUAAUAAUAGAAUGCUC